UUAUAGCAGCAAAUUUAAUCGAAUUACCCAUCAAAAAUAUUUCCUCAUCAUGUUGUGUUCCCCCUUAAAAGACCACCACUUAAUGACUCCAAAUAUAUCAACUUUUUUGUCUAAUAAACCAAUUUUUUUGCUUAUUCUUUUGCAGCGGCCCGACAACGAUUUAGUGUUCGACGACAGUGCAUUAAGUGAUGAUAAAUUAUCCGCUGUCAAUACAAAUCAUGAAAAUUUACGAACAAAAAUAGUUAAUAAGCGUAGUGUUAGUGAUCCUAGUGAUAUAAAUAAUGAAAAUGUUGGCCUUUGGCAGCGAUUAAAGCGCGGCGUUAAAAAUAUAUUCGGUAUUAAAAAUAAUGAUGAGAAUAGCGAGAAAGCUCAUCAGCAGGAUGUAGAAAUUCCAAAAGUUGAGGAAUUGAGAGCUGUACCAGCACAAAAGUCACAGUCACAACAUGAAACCUCAAAAAAUUUACAAGAUAAUACAUUGAGAAGGAAAAGGCAUAGGAAUGAUGAUGAAGAUGAUGACGACGAGGAUGAUGAUGAAGACAAUGAGAUUAAUGGAUCUGGUGAACAUGAUAAUGACACGAUACCGGACAUUGAGGAUAAAUUGAUUAUUGAUCUGCCUCAUGUUGAUGAUUCUAAGAGAUUCCGACUUAAUCUACUUAUUAAUGAAAUGUGGAAUGAAAACCUUAAUGACCACAGCAGCGAUGAAUUCAAAACGCUCGCCUUAUCAGUAAAGAAAAACAUUGAGAAUUGGUACAAAAAGACGACGAAUAACUCGAUCAUGGCAUCACUUACCAAUAUUGAGAAACGAGACAUGUUUGAGUCAUACUUGUCAAUUAACAUUGCAUCAGAACUGCCAAAAAUUGUCGGAAAUGAUUUACGGGAUUUACUUUACAAACAAAUCAAUGAGCAGCGAGUUUUUGAGGACAUGCACGUUGAUCCACGUGACUUUAUAUUGAGACCAAUUACAGAAUCACCGACAUUAGAGCUGACACAUGAACCGAAAAAGCAAGAGGAUAUGCAAGAAUUACUAGCUAGUCUCGGAUCACAGGAAGAACAUUACCAAGAAGAAGACCAUCAUGAUGGUGAUUACGAUGAAUCUUGUGAUGAAAAUAAGGAAUUUACAUGUUUAUCGAAUGCAAAGUGCAUACCACUUAAUGAGAGAUGUGAUGGAGAUGCUCAAUGCUCAGAUGGAUCUGAUGAGCAAGAUUGUAGUAGUAAAAGUACAGAAAGUGAAUAUAAUGAAAGCAUGCCGGCGAUUAAAAUGCCUGAUGAUAAAACAAAUGAGGAGGAAGACGACGAAGAUGAUUUUAUUGAAAGGGAUGAGGAAGGUGAAAAGCUCGAUGAAGAGCAGGAAGAAGAAAUUGAGACACCAACGACACCAUUUUCAGAACCAGAAGAAGAAUUGGUUCAUGAAAUUGACAGUGGAAAGACUUCACAUGAAGAUGAAGAACUUCUUAUUCCACUUGAAACGCCAAAGCCUAUUGUUGAUGAAUCAACUCCAGGAGCAAUCCUUGGAGAAGAUGGACCGCCUGAUAAUGAUGAUGAAAAUAAUUUAUCUAUAGAUAAUAAACUUGCUGGGGAGUCAGCUGAACAUGAAGCUAAUGAAGUUCCAAUACCAAAAAUCAACGAUACAUGCCGUGGUGAUGAUAAAUUUAAAUGCAAUGAUGGACGAUUAAUUAUUUGUGAGGUUCAAAAAUGCGAUGGCGUUAAGAAUUGUCCAAAUGGCGAGGAUGAGGAAAAUUGUCCAACAGGAACAGAUCCGGAUGAUGAGGACAUUGAAAGUGGAGAUUUUGAAAUUGAAACUUUUAAUCCUUUGGAAAUAUCGACAGAGAAACCUCAUGUUGAGGAUGAGGAUGAUAAAAAAGAGACAAUUCCUACUGAUUAUGAUGAUGAAGUUGAGGAAGUUACAGAUAAGCCUGAGGAAAAACUUAUUGAAUGUGGCGAUAACGAAUUUAACUGCGACGUCACGCGCUGCAUAUCUCUCGAUAAACAUUGCGAUGGAACUGCAGACUGCACAGACGGAACCGACGAAAGCAACUGUCCUGCUCCAACUACACAGCAUAUCGAUAUUGGUGAGUUUUUUUUUUGA